AAAUAACAACAGAUAAAUGCCAAAAAUCUACUACAUUUUUAUAACCAAAACACACAGAGCGCGUGAGAGUGCGAGAGUGGGAGAGAGCGGCGAUAAAGAGAGGCCACCCCCACAGCGAAGAGAGCGAAAGAGAGCGGCAUUUAGAAGUAUCUUCAAGAUACACCUAUACCAAUAGAGCUGUAUCUGUAUCUGUAUCUGUAUCUUCUUGCCUGCGUUUUUCGUCGUAUAAAUUGAGCCGCACUUUGCCUAUUCUCGAGUUUUUGCCGCUCAGACGUCGCUGUAAGUGCACGCGUCGCUCGUCUUUUUCGGUUCCGUUCCGAAUCGGUUUCAAUUUCGGUUUCCAAUACCUCCGAUUCCCACACACUCGAAUGGAAAAUAUCUAAAAAAGAUUCUUGUGCUUAAGAACCCAGUUAAAAAAAUUAUACUAUGAAAAUAUAUAAUAAAUUUUUAUGUGAUUAACAGGAACAACAUUUUUCUUAAUUUGUAAGAUCUAAAAACACAGUUUAACAGGAAAACUCAGUAUAUAACUGAAUAAAUGUUUAAUUAUUAGAACUGCACAAUUGUGCCCAAAAAAAAAUUCUAUGCAUUUUAAAAAAACUGUUUGAGAUUUCCUAAAGUUGUAAGAGAGCCCUUUAGUUGAGUUUAAAUUAAAAAAAAAAACAAAACAUAGUUGAUUACAAAUAAAGUGUCAAAUCCAUUUCCAGUGAGUGCUCGUAAAAUUGUUUUAUUGAAACCCAGCCGCAAAUACAAUUUUUUAUUGGCUUUGUGCGUGUUCUCAACGCAUACAAAUACAAAUACAUACAAAUUUAGCAUUUAAUUUUGUCAAUUAUGUGUGCAAUUAAAUAAAAAAAUUCUGUGUGUGAAAAGGCAAUAAAAUUACAGUGCGGGGAACAGAGGCAGCUCCAAAUUAGACGCGUAAAUUGCGUAGCAAAUUCUGAAUGAAAAAAAAUCAACAGAACCAGAAAGCGAAACAGAAACUAUAAGCUUACCAACCACAGAAACUCAAGCAAAACAAAAAAAACAACACUGCCAUAUUGCAACAAAGAAUACAGAACUGUUAUCAAAAACCGAUCUACCUCGUUUUCUGGGCCAAUAAGCAAAAGUAAAUUGAGUUAAAUGUGAAAACCCAAUUCCCACAUAGGAAAAUGGAACAGGCAACAACCAAGACCACAUAGACGACAGACACUAAACACCGAACCUCUGAGAUUAAACAGUUGAGAUCGAUAGAGAGCCCUCGAAGACAGAUCAAAUCGCCUUAGUGUUCUGUAAAAACCGUAAAAAGCCAGGAUGACGAAGAGCAAUGGCGAUGUGGAGGCGGCCACGCAGGCCCAAUCUCUGGGAGGAAAGCCGAGCAAUGGACACGGCCAGUUGAAUGGGAAUGGCUACCACCAGAACGGAGGAGGACGUCGCGAUUCCAGCCAGGCCUUCACACCACUGCUGGCCCAGCACAACAAUGGCUCAGCCAACAAUGGCGAGGUGACCACCACGCCACCGCCCAGUACAGUGCUGUACGAGAGCACACCCAGCAACAACAACGAGUGGAAGGCUCCGGAGGAUUUGGGCCACCUCAAGAACGGCCUGGGCAACCUGCUGAGCAGCAACAACAAUGGCACCGGCAACGGACACAGUCUCAGCGAGAAGUAUGCCCACGAACAGGCACCCCUCACCGGUGGCUACAAGCUGCCACCCCGCUCCAGUGAGUCCGAGGAAUCCGACUUCGAUUCCGACCUCAAUGGCAGUUCCUCCGCGGAGUCCAGCUCCAGCUGUGGCCUCUUCGGCUGCCGACCCAGGUGGGCCCGUCGAUUCGCCUCCACGCACGUCUUCAUGGUGGUCUUCCUGCUGGCCUACAUCCUGCAGGGCAUGUACAUGACCUACUUCGUGUCCGUGAUCACCACCAUCGAGAAGCUGUUCCAGAUCAAGUCCAAAACCACGGGCAUCCUGCUGAGUGCCAGCGAGAUGGGCCAAAUAUGCACGGCCAUGUUGCUAACCUACUUCGCGGGACGAGGCCACCGGCCCAGGUGGAUAGCCUGCGGCAUGGUCCUGUUCUCCAUCGCUGCCUUCUCCUGUGCCCUGCCACACUUCAUUUUCGGCGAGCAGCUGAUGCACUCCAGUGUGAUCCUGCAGCAGCCGCAGGUCACCACUCUUGCCGGGGACUCGUCCUCAUCGCUGUGGCUGCCGGAGCAGCGGAAUCCCAAUCUGUGCAUUCUGGGUGGUAACCAAACGCUUUCGGGCAGCGAGUGCAACGAAGAGCGCCAAUUGGAGCAGGCCUCUCACUCCAAGAUCACCGUCAUUGUGUUGUGCAUCUUCUUCGGCAGCCUGUUGAGCUCGGGAAUUGGCCAAACGGCCGUGGCCACUCUGGGCAUCCCGUACAUCGAUGACAAUGUGGGCAGCAAGCAGUCGCCCAUGUACAUGGCCGUCACCAUUGGCAUGAGGAUCCUGGGUCCCGCAUCCGGAUUCAUUUUCGGCAGCUUCUGCACCCGCUGGUAUGUGAACUUCUCGAAUCCCGGCUUUGAUGCCACCGAUCCCCGCUGGAUUGGCGCCUGGUGGCUGGGACCCGUGGCCAUCGGUAGCCUCAUGCUGCUGGCCUCCAUUGCCAUGUUCUCGUUCCCCAAACAGCUGAGGGGCAAGAAGCCGCCGCCGGGUCAGGCGGCGACUCCAGCAGCUCCAGUUGAGCCCGAGGAAAAGCCAAAGCUAAAAGACUUUCCCAAGACGGUGCGUCGCCAGCUGAGCAACGACAUUUUGAUGUUCCGCACUGCCUCGUGUGUGUUCCACCUGUUGCCCAUCGCCGGGCUCUACACGUUCCUGCCCAAGUACUUGGAAACGCAGUUCCGGCUGGCCACCUACGAUGCCAACAUGAUAGCCGCCUUCUGCGGCAUCCUGGUCAUGGGCAUCGGCAUCGUCAUCUCCGGCCUGUUCAUCCUGAAGCGGAAGCCCACUGCCAGGGGCGUGGCCGCGUGGAUCGCCUUCACAGCCCUCGUCUACUCAGCGGGCAUGAUCAUCCUGAUGUUCAUCGGCUGCAGCAUGAACGACUUUGCCGGCUACAAGCCAAGCGAUGGCAACAGUCCCGCUCUGAUCGAGCCCACGUGCACCGCCGCCCUCAACUGUACCUGUGAUAAGGAGAACUUUGCGCCCAUCUGCGCCGAUGGCAAGAUGUACAUCUCGGCCUGCCACGCCGGAUGCAGCAGCUCCUCGCUGCGGCCCAGCGAUAAUCGCACCCUCUACUCCGAUUGUGCUUGCAUUCCAGAUGCUCCUGAGGCGGUCAACGGUUACUGUGAUAAUAACUGCAAGAACUUCAUCUACUUUAUAGUGAUCUUUGCCAUUUGCGUAUUUAUGCAUUCCACCUCCGAGGUGGGCAGCAUGCUGCUCGUCAUGCGCUGUACACAUCCCAAAGAUAAGGCAAUGGCCAUGGGUGUGAUUCAGUCGGCCAUCGGCUUGUUCGGCAAUGUUCCUUGCCCGAUCAUCUACGGCGCAGUGGUGGACUCCGCCUGCCUCAUCUGGAAGUCCGUGUGCGGCAAGCACGGAGCCUGUUCGCUCUACGAUGCGGACACCUUCAGGCAAUAUUUCCUAGGAAUCACGGCUGGCAUUAUGUUCCUAGCAUUCCUGAUGGACCUGGUGGUGUGGCGCAAGGCGCACCGCAUCGACAUUGCGCCGGAGGACCCGCCGGAGGGUGGGCCCACGCCCAACGGGAGGUCCUUGGAGACGUCCGAGUCCAAGCAGCCCAUAACGCCAGCGCCGGACACGACGGUCUAGGGGGAGCGGGAUGGAGACGAGCCUUGCACCUGAUGCAAGAUUUCCAAUAAACGUUUACCUUAAUUGUUAAUUAGUUAUCAUUUUGUCUAGUUUGUUAGCCUAGUGCAAGAGUUAUGUAUUUAGUUAAGUGACAUUAAAACGCGCUCGUCCAGCCCCUCCCCCCGCUCCAAAUCCCUGCUCCAUAUUCUACAUAAAACCUAUGAAUUACGUUUUAAUUCUGUGUAAAUCUCAACGCGAAACGAAGAAAUGAAAUUCUAGACAUUAUUCAUACUUGAGCGUAAUUAAACGACAAAUAUAUGAAGAAAUACUGGUCGAAAAUUGUGCAAACGCAACAACAUUUAUAAAUCUAUAUGUGUAACAAUGUAACAGCUAUAUCGCGAUUUAUGUAUAUCUGUAAUUAAUAUAUUAGACAUAUACAUUUACAUGUAUGUAUGUAAUUGCAACCUAUCUGUGGUAGUUAAAUUUUAGUUAAAAUUCAAAUUAAUUGUCUAAGUUUGUCAUACAACAACAGCAGUAACAAAAAUAUACGAAAAGAAAUUAUAUGGAAAACUAUAUACAAGUACUAAAAGAAA